UCUAGGAUUAUUAAUUCGCUGCUAACUAUUUUCGUGGUAGUGGAGAAGAUAUAGGGCAUAAAUGGAGGAUCCAAGAAAAGGAGGGGGAGGGAGGCAUGACUUAAAUUUGGCCUCAAGGAAAGCUGAAGAAGCAGCCCUGAGGAGAUUUCAAGCUACACAUUGGCUGGAAUGUUUAAUGGGGCCUCUCGGCAUAUCGAGCCAGCCUUCGGAAAAAGAGUUCAUUGCAUGCCUGAGAAAUGGUCUGAUACUCUGCAACUUAAUUAACAAGAUACAACCAGGUUCUGUUCCUAAGGUUGUGGAGAAGCAUUCAUCUUUGCACUCACUAUUUUGGGAUUCUCAGCCAUUGCCUGCUUAUCAGUAUUUUGAGAAUGUAAGGAAUUUUUUGGUAGCUGUGGAAGAAUUGCAUCUCCCAGCAUUUGAGGCAUCAGUUUUUGAGAGGGAUAAUAUUGAGGAGGGAUCAUCGACUAAGGUUGUUGAUUGCAUUUUGGCACUUAAAGCAUACCAGGAGUGGAAGCAAAUGAAUGGAAGUGAUGGGUUUAAUAAGCCUCCUCGAUCGCCUUUUAUGAUCCAUUCAUCAUGUAGGCCUAACACUCGACCUCAAGGAUCAUCAAAUUCUAACAGUUGCAGGCAAUUGGACAUGUCCACAAGCCAUGACAAAAAGCCACCAGCAGCAAGUGAAAACCAGAAAGUUCAAGAUUUAAUCAUCAAGGCUCUGGCUGAUCACAUGGUUGACACAAAGGAGAACAUGGAUAGUAACCUUGUUGCUUCUUUCCAUAAGGAUCCAGUCAAGCAAUUUGGAGAAAUUUUGUCUACUUGCUUGGAGGAACAACUACAUAAAAGGUUUCCUGAGAUGAUGGUACUGUUAUCAUAUUACCAUGUUAUAGUUGUCAUAAAACUAACAAUAGAGCUUUCUGUAUAUCAUGUCCAGUUGAGAACAGAGAUAGUCAUUCAUAAUCAAGGAAGAAGCAGCUCAAAGAAAAGUAGAACAUGUACACCCCUUGAGGAUUUGUCCUCUCUUGUAAACCAGCAGUGCUGCAGAGCAUGUUUGACAAAGGGUUUCUGCAAUCACUGGAAUCUGGUUGAAAAGCAAGAAAAGGAACUGAUGAAUCUCAAGAUAUUGCUAUCAACUACAAAGAAAGAGUUUGAAGGCCUUCAAACUCAGUUAAACAGCGAUCUGAAACAACUUGGAGGCCAGCUCCUGGAGAUGUCUGUUGCUGCUCAAAAAUACCAUAGGGUUGUGAAAGAGAAUAGGAACCUGUAUAACAUGGUGGAAGAUCUAAAAGGAAAUAUUCGAGUUUAUUGCAGAAUCAGGCCCCUCUUUAGAGCUGAAAAAAAGAGUGUCAUAGACUUCAUUGGAGAAGAUGGUUCUUUAGUAGUUGUAGAUCCAUUGAAACCCCAAAAGGAUGGUAGAAAAAUUUUUCAGUUCAAUCGUGUUUUUGGUCCAGCUGCUACUCAAGGUGAGGUAUUUGCAGAUACUCGGCCACUCAUUAGAUCUGUGAUGGAUGGCUAUAAUGUUUGCAUUUUUGCCUAUGGUCAAACUGGAUCUGGAAAAACACACACUAUGAGUGGCCCUUCUGGUGGAACAACAGAGGAACUUGGAAUUAAUUAUUUAGCUCUCAAUGAUCUCUUCCAGUUAUCAGCUAAAAGAAAAGACAUCAUGAAGUAUGAUAUGCAUGUCCAAAUGGUUGAGAUAUAUAAUGAACAAGUACGUGACCUGCUUGCAGAAGAUUCAUCAGUCACAAAAUUAGAGAUUCGAAGUUGUUUGGGUGACAAUGACUUGGCUCUUCCAGAUGCAUCUAAGCAUCAUGUGACGUCCACUGCAGAUGUAAUUACCUUGAUGAAAUUUGGCGAAACAAACCGGGCUGUUGGUUCCACUGCCAUCAACAAUCGAAGUAGUCGUUCUCACAGUGUGUUGACGAUUCACGUGAAUGGAGAAGAUGUAUCUGGAAGCAGACUUUACAGUUGCCUACAUUUGGUAGACCUUGCAGGUAGUGAGCGGGUUGAUAAGUCAGAAGUAACUGGAGAAGGCCUCAAAGAGGCACAACAUAUUAACAAAUCUCUCUCAAGUUUGGGGGAUGUUAUCAUGGCAUUGGCACAGAAGAACUCUCAUAUCCCAUAUAGGAACAGCAAACUCACACUGCUCUUGCAGAAUGCUUUGGGAGGACAUGCAAAAACGUUGAUGUUUGCUCAUGUGAGUCCAGAAGGAGAUUCUUUUGGAGAAACAAUUAGUACCUUGAAGUUUGCUCAGAGGGUCUCAACAGUGGAGCUUGGUGCAGCUUGUGCAAAUAAGGAGAGCAGUGAGGUUUUAGAGCUUAAAGCACAGAUUGAGAGCCUAAAGAAGGCAUUGGCUAAGAAGGAAACAUAUACACCUCAAAGAAGUAAAACAAAGGAAGCAGUGAAAACACCAUUGGCUGAAAGAACCCCUCCACGCCCCCGAAGAUUGAGCAUUGAGAAUUGCAGCUCCAUAAAAUUGGAAAAAGAAAACUCGGAUGAUAGGAAGGGAACCAAAACCCCUUUUAUGCAGGGACGAUCACGAAGAUUAAGUUUGGAAGGGCAGCGAUACGCCAAAAAAGAUCCUGAGCAGAUUACGUUUAUAGAUCCAUUAAGCAAGCCAUUAGAGCUCAACGGCGCAGAUUUUCAAAAUCCUACCCCGCUUCAAAAUGGAGCCAUCGUGAAGAAGCCUCUAGGAAAUACAGGUAUUGGUCGUUCAGUGCAGGAUAUUGACCGCCCAAGUGUUCACAAAAGUCCAACAAAGUCUCCUAUUAGAAGUUCAAUGGUGAAAAUGGAUUUACAAAUUGGUGGUUUGGUGAAAACAGAUACAAGCACAGAUCUACAGGAACCUGCUCAGCUUCAAGAUACAGAAGUUUUGAGAAAGUCUGAAGGACAUGCAGGAAAUGGCUGUUCAGUGAUGGACAUUAACCGCCCGAUUGUUCCAAAAACUCCAACAAAGUCUGCUUUUAGAAGUCCAAUGGUGAGAACAGAUACAGGUAUUGGUUCUUCGGUGGCGGAGAUCAACAGCCUAAAUAUUCCAAAAAGUCCAACAAAGUCCGGUUUGAGAACUCCAAUGGUGAAAACAAGCAAUAGAACAAGGAUUCCACAACUUCAACAGCCAAAGACACCCCAGCCAGCAGCAGUAACAUCCAGGAAUGAAAGCCAGAAGGGAAUAAAGAGUGAGCAUAGUGUUCCUUCAGAACUCAUUACACCUGGCUUGACCAACACUGCACAUGGAAAGGGAUCUCAAAUAAGGAAAUCUCUUCGGUCUAUCGGAAAACUUAUCAAUGGAUCUGAGAAAAGGAAUCAGCAGAAGUCUAUAGAACCACUUGCAGUCUCACCUUUCAAUGGCUCUAGUAACACUUUUGAGGAAAAGUCACCAAUUUCAUCCAACUCAAGAGCACUAAGGAGACAGUCAUUGACAGGAAUUCCACCACCAGACAGAUCAAGGAGAUCUUCUCUUGGAGGAAAUCCUUCUACAGACUCUUAUGAAAAAAGGAACUCCAAAACACCGCCUCCUGUCCGUGCUUCGACCAAAUUGACAAAGCGGUGGCUUUAAGAUCAUUCAGGGUAGACAGUGCUUUGGCUCGAAGCAUCAUACUAACAAGCAACAUUUGAGUAGGGAAAAUGUUUCGCCAGAUUUUCACUGACGAUACUUGCUGCCAUAGACUAGCAAAUGUACUGACGACAAUUUUUGUAGUACUGUACAGAUUAGCGACCUGGCAAUAGUGGUAAUGGAAGAUGUGAUAUUAUUUGGCAGUGCCU